AUGUCAAGUAAUAAACGACCAAUAUUAGAAGAAGUUGAUGAUGAUGAUGACAUUGACAAUAUGGAUAUGGAUAUUGCUGAAUUUGAUCCAAAUUUGACUACACCAAUAGCUCCAAAACGUCCACAACCAACAAUUGUACGUUCUCAAGAUUUAGAUUCAAAUUUAAAUAUAGAACCACCUUUGUUUCCCAACAAUAUUCCUUUAAAUCAAAUCCAAAUCCAAAAUCAACUUUCACAAAAACCAUCAUCUAAUAGAAAUGGAAUAAUUGAUCCUAAUUCAUUUACACCUCAAGAAAAAGAACAAUUUAAUCAAUUUCAAAUUAUAUAUCCAUGUUAUUUUGAUAUAAAUCGUUCUCAUAAACAAGGUAGAAGAGUUAGUAUUGAUAAAGCAGUAGAAAAUCCAUUAGCAACAACUAUUUCUGAUGCAUGUAAAAAACUUGGUUUACCAGUAUUUUUAGAAUUAGAUAAAACUCAUCCACAAGAUUUUGGUAAUCCUGGUAGAGUAAAAGUAUUAUUUAAAGCAGUUUUUGAUAAUGGGAAAUUAUUAAAUUCAAAAUUAUCAACGAAAAGAAUUUUAUUUAAUGUUAUUUGUGAAUAUUUAAAUGAAAAUCCAACAACUUUAGAAUCAAUUGAACCUAAAAAUAAUGGGAUUCCUUAUCCACCAGAAUUUAAUAGUAGUAAUAAUAAUAGUAAUGAUUUCCAACCUGAAGAAAUACCUAAAGUAAAAGGAUUUAAAAUGAAUACUAUAGUACCUAUACAUUCAAAUUUAACAUUAAAACAUCCAAUGACAAAACAUAUUUAUGAUCCAGAACCUGAACCUCCUAUUAUUGGUAAAUCAAAUGUUCCAAAACUUCCAAAAAAAAAAGUAAUGAAAAUAAGAGGUUAA